AUGCACCGCAACGGCAUCGUAUCCACCUCUGCCGCGGCUCUCUCGCCGAAGCAGAAGCAGCAACCCCCACCCAGAGCGUCCUCGCCGAGUGGCUUUUUGCAUCAUCAUCACCAUCAUCUUCAUCAACAACAACAACUACACCCACACACAUUUCGGUUCCACUUUCUUUCGCAUCAUCACCAACACAAGAGAGCUGUUUCUUCUUCCGUCGUCAAAGGCGCGCGUUCGUCUCCGUCACCAUCAGAGCACGUCAUCGUUCCAGCUGGCGUAGAAUUCCCUGGCUCCUAUUUAGCCACAGGAAAGUUUGGUCGAGGUUUGUUCUCGAAUGGAAGCUCCCAAGAUGUCCCGCUGACGUCCACGCCUUUAAACGUGUGCGCGUGCGUUCCCGAGGACGUUCUUAGCAGUAGCGGCGGCGGAGGCGCAAACAUGUCAUCCGCGUUAACGCAGCCGCAACAGGACCGCGUAAGAGAAUUCUACACGGAAUGGAUGAAUGGGUUAGGUAUUCCUUCAAUUCCAGAGACUUUGGUCAAAUUUGUCACUGAGUGUCAAAUGCCAAAAGAUAUGCGCAUAGCCGUUGUCGUCGCGUGGUUGACCAAGAACAGCGAAGAAUGGAAAACGUAUAAGCGUGAGACGUUGCCAAAGUCGUACGACUCGUUGUAUUUAGCGAACGAAAAAGAGUUGGAGGAGUUACAAGACGUGAGCGUGAUGAACAUGGCGAAAGGGUCGGCUAAAAUGUACGAGGCACAGCUUGAACAGUUAUUGAAAGAGCCACUAUUUAAUAAGGAAGGGGUGAAGGAUAUGAUUGACUUGGAGGAUUUGAGGUGGGCGAGAUCGGUCGCGCACACGAGAGCGAUGAGUGGAAAACUGAAUGUGGCCGGAGAAGGGUCUUUUCCGUGCGCGUUUGUCGUACCUGGCGCAGAUUUGACGAAUCAUAGGACAGUGCCGAACUCAAUAUAUGGUGUCAGCGAGGAUGGAUUACGGUACGAGUUGAAAUGGAGAGCGAAAAACUCCUUAGAGGAGGACAAGAAGGAAGGAUUACCGCCGCCACUAGAAGAGGAGAAAGAACCGAAAGAAGGAUUGGAGAUGUUUAUUUGUUACGGGGCGAGACAUCCCAACGCUUUAUUAGCGUUGCAUUACGGGUUCGUUGACGAUACGAAUCCGAACGAUAGGAUACCCAUGGAGUGCGUGAUGCCCGGUAUGAGGAAGGCACCGUUCAAGGUGGUGAAGAAAGCAGUGCAAGAGCUGAAAGAAAAAGGAGACGAUAGAGCGGCGUGGGCUGGGUCCCAGUUGUUAGCAGUCUCGAAGAGAAGUCCUGAAGGCGUACCAGAUGAAAUCGCGGAUCAAGAAAAGGUUCAUCCGGAGAUUGUGCAGCAAAUGAAAAAAGCUACAGUGGCGGCGCUUUCGCAGUUUCCGACGACGUUAGAAGACGACGAGAAGAUUGUGUUUGAUGAGAUUGAAAGUUCGCGCAUGCAAGUCGCGAUUAGCUAUAGAAUAGCGCAGAAGAGGCAUUUGCACGCCUACCAAAGAUUUUUAGACACGCUCUGA